UAUUUUAUUGUGCCUUGCUUGGGCAGAGACACACAGAAGUAAAGUUAAGAAGAAUCAGUGGCAGUUCUAUUUGCUAAAUACUUUUUGGAUAGGUUAAAUUAAUUUCCAAAGAAAAGGUGCUGAACCAUGGCGGAAACAGCAUCAAUGCGGGUUGUACCCAGUGGCAAGAUAUACAGGCAGAUGUUUGAUGCCCAGGUACAACUCCAAAGAAGUCUAACAAAAAUGAAAAGUAGAGAAGCUGUUACUGCAACACUUGAGGAUGAGCCCACAGAGAGACAGAGUACAGCCAUACCAGUUGUCAAACUGACAAAGGAGGAUGUGGCCCAUGGACUUCUAACAGAGAGACAACGGACAUGGGCUGAUGGAUUUCCAAAUGAUCCUUAUGUUGAAAACCCUGUUCUACAUAAGCAAUAUUCUGAAUUUGUGAGAUCCACAAUGAAAGAGAGUGAAUCAAGUAAAGCAGGGAAAGAGGUCCAGGGGCUGCCUGAUGUUGUUGUGCCUGCCAAGGAGGGAUCAAAUAUUAUUGAAAGAAUAGCAGCUAGCAGGAAGAAUAGACAUGAGUCUUGUGUUGAAGAUCUUCAUCAGGAACUUAGCCUGAUCAAUUCUGAAUUGGAACCAGUUAUCACAGAAUAUAGUGAAACCUUGUUAAGAAAACUAGAAGAUGAUGAUAAAGAAAUUGACCAUUUAUUGGAUAGAAUAGAGAGAGAUGAGGAUCUUUUAACCUACAAUCUGGAGGAACUGCACAAACUUUGGGAUGAGAUUCAAGGUCACUCAGCAGAGAGACAGACAUGGAUUAAUGAGCUUGACCAACAGUUGUCUAAAGUUGAAGAUGACCGUAUAGAUUUGAUGAGGAAUGUAUUCAAGACAUAUGCCAAAACCUUAGAAAAAAUUGCCCACUUAAUGCCUCCAGAUCUUAGCAGAUUUCUUGACCAGGAGUCUCAGCUUGUGAACCAGACAAUGUUGAGUAAUAGGAGAGCAUAUUCUGACCUGUACGUCAGAUUAAUGUCGGCAGAUGUAGAGAGGGAGAAGGCUCAGUACACCAUCUGGAAACGACGAGUGGAGGACUGGAGACAGCUCAACACAGAUCUAGCCAUUGAGCACUUUAGUAACUUUAUGCAAGAAGAAAAAAUUAUCAACCCUCCGGGAGUGACAAAAGUCUUCAACUUCAUGAUAGCAGAACAAGAAUUGAUCAAUAAGAGAAGAUUAGAAGUUAUCACACAGUUAUGUGAUCUAAAGCCUCCAGCAUCCACAAAAACAGCUGUGUACCAGUGGGAUAAAACAAUUAAAAAUCUUACCAAGGAAAUAGAUUCUGUGAACCAGUUGCAUUUGACUAAACUUCAUGCAGAGUAUGAGAAAGUGUGUCAGGAUUGUCUGGAGAAAAUUGAAUUCAUUAAGAAAUCCCUGAUUGAUGAUGGGAUAUGUGCUCCUCCCCGAGCCCAGCAGGUGGUGGAUCAGAACAUGUUACCCCUGGUGGGAGAGAGACAAAGGGUGUUUGAGAACAAUUUAGAAACAAUGGAGAAAGACCUAGAGAAAUACAUGAAGGAGACAACAGAGAGACUUAAGAUGUUGUUUAAGUUCGCUCAGGGAGCUGCCCAUGUUUGGGAUGUUCAUGAGAUUGGACUCGCUAAACAAGAGCGAGCAUUGCAGGAAAAACUGGAGCAAUGCCGACAGAUGCAUGACAACCAAAACCAGGAAAAGGAGGCUCAUUUAGACAUCAUUAUGGACAGGAUGAGGCAAGAUGCAACUGAAAAGCAACUAAAAGACAGUUUAGAGAAAGCCCUUAGUAUGCUGAGCAGAAUAAAAGAGGCGUAUGAGAUUUUUCACAAUGAGCAGAUGGACAUUGUUAAGAAUUACCCUAUGAUGGUCAGAUCUGAACUUAAGAGUUAUGAUGAGGGUGUGUGUAAAUUCUUUGAGGUUGGGAGGAAUCAACCAAUUAAAAAAAGCAAGUCCAAGAUAUUAGCUCCCAAGAAGACAAAGGACAAGAAAGGGGAUGAAACUGAAUCGACCUCUCCUCCUCCUAUUGACACGGUGGGUAAGGAAGGUUCCCUCCCAGAAGCAGUGAGUGAGAUUCUAGCUACAGAAAAGGGAACACUGUUCUAUGUCCUCACAGAAGCAGGGGAAUAUGGGAUUCCCCCAGAGAAGGAUGUCCCUGCUAAGAAGGAAGCUAAGGGGGAGGAGGAGGAGGGGGAGGAUGGUACCACCUUCAUGACUGAGGUGGAGGUCCCUGCCCCCUCCACACCUGAGUACAUACAGAAAAUUGAUGUAGAUGAAGCAAUUCUCAUUGAUGUCAAGAAAAAGAUAAGAAUGAAUUUCCUCAAUCAUAUGGAGGAAUGGCAUGUUCAAGCCUCUGAGAGAGCAGAAAGUGUGGUGAUUGCCAAGUGCGAGGAGUUGAACAGUGAAUUAGAGUUGAGGUUCCAUCUCCACAAACCUAGAGCCAGGCGGGCAGAACUCGAUGUUCAUAAUGUCAGGGCUGCUGAGCUGGUGAUGCACUCUGAGAGAGUAACCAGACAUGUUAAGGGCAUCAUUCAGGCUCUGGCUGAGCUUAGACAGGGAUUUAACAAGAUGACUCAGGAACAUAACAAAUUAGCCUCCAAAUUCAGACAGGACAUAGAAGCAUUAGAAGUUGUCUUUGUCAAUGCUACAAAAUCUUCCAAAUUAAUUGCCUUACAAUCACAACUUGGUAAUGAAUUAUCAAACUUCAUGGAGAUCAUCAGAACUUCCCUUCUCCAGUAUAGGAAACACCUAGAUAAAACCCUGCAGAUGCUGAGGGAAUCAAAUGCCAGAUUUAUUAAGUCUUUCAAGGUUUUCUCUGAUGGAGGUAAUUUCUGUCCUGAGGAGAUCGAUGUUUAUCGUAAGAAGUUGGAGAACAUGUCAUCAAAGAUAGAUGUCUCAGAGGGGGCCAUUAUGUCAGACAUGGAGGAUAUUGAAAAGAAACGCCUCGAUCAGGCCACAAAGGUGGCUUCUGAAUUUGAGGACAGAUUCAAAAACCAUAUGAUAGAUUUGAUAUUUAUGGAGAAAAUAGCUCGCUGGUUGACUAACACACAGGUGAGGAUUAAGGCAGAGGUUGCCAAUAGCAACUCCCAAGCUAUGCAGCUGGCCCAGCAUUUGAAUGACCUUGACCGCAGAAUUGAUGCAUGUGAGAGGCCCAAUUUGGACAAAGAGCCUGCAUGUAAAAAGGAAAUGCAAAUUACAUCUCGCCAGCUGAAUGAGACUCUAAAGAGUGUGUUUGAGGCCUUCCAGAGCCGGAGUGUGUACUUGAACUGUAUCAAGGACCCCUCACACAGGCCAACAUCAGGCACCCUGCAGGGACCCCCAGCACUAGCAUCGAAGACAUCAUUCUUCCAUGCCAGGUCUUUUGUUCAAGUGCAUUUUGUUGAUUCAGGGGCAAGGGUUGGCUUCACCCAGUCAACAGAUGUCCAGCCCACCCCAAUCAGCAAGAUGGGCAAGCAGCCCCAGGAAGAUCCCUCAGUCAAUGUCAUUAAAAGUAUUCUGAGAGCCCAGAAAAGCAAAAUGAGAUUCGGGAUGGAUGCUGAUUUGGAUGGAGAAUUAUCUGGAAUGCCACAUCAUGAGUCCAGAGAAAAACUGAAAUCUUCUAUGUCCACCACUACACCCUCAGAAAAAUCCAAACAGACUUCUAAAGGGAAAGGUUCUCACAGCACAGGUGGAACAGAAAACUCUCCUAAAAGAGUUCAGUCUGGUAUGGAGACCCCCCAUGGAACAUCAUCCAUGCCACGACUGAGGCGUAAUAGUAAGUCGACCAAGUUUGACAGGAAGUACCUGGUGUUUGGUGAGAAGGAGGAGGAAGGGGAGGAGAAUCAUAUACUGGGGAUCAUCAAGAAAACCCUACGAGAGGCCCUGGAUGGUCUACUGACAAAUGCAGAGAUGUACUAUAGAUCUAAAGGGAAUCGCCCCGUGACUCGGCCCCAGGCCCUGCAGGAGACAUUUGAGGCCUGUGCUGAUGUCAUAGUACAGAAGUUACAGUCUUAUUACACUCAGUCAGAUGAAUAUCACAACCAGUGUCUACAAGAAUUUAGGAAUCAGCUGACCCAGCUGGAGCGUUCAGUGGCCCAUGUUCCUGGUCUCCUUAUCAAAGACAUCCUCAAAGAAGAGCUGCAGAAGUCUGUAGCAGAGAGGAAGAGGAUGACGGAUGAGUUUUCUCACAAACUGGUGGAGCUGGAGCAGCAUCAACAAGAGCAUUCCCAUCUUCUACGACCCACCCUGGGGCACCCCCAUGCUGAAGAUUCCCUUAAGGCCCUUUGUGAGAAAGAGGAGGGGAGGCAUAAGGAUUACGUGGCUGCUGUAGAGAAACACACCAAGGACCUACAGAAUUCAGCUUUGUCCCAUGCCCAGACCUUUAUAGAUAUGCUGGCCAGAACUUCAGAGCAUCAGUUACUGCAGUACGAUAACUUACUGGUUGUUGAUGAUGUCAUCAAAGGACGUGUUGAUCCAACAAGGUAUCCAACCAGUGAAUUAAUCAGAAGGAAGAAUGCUGGACUUCCAUUGGAGGAUGAUGAGGAUAAAGGGGCCCUACCGAGGGGCAAAAAUACCUGGCAAGGUAUCGCUAGUAAUGAGCUGGUGAUUGGAGAAUCUCCCAGCAAGGUCACCUUAACAGCCUCAGUAACUACUGCCAAAACAACUCUUGGUCAUAGUGCUACCACUACAGCCAGGGACACUGCAUAUCAGGAUUAUAAAGCAGAAUUUGAGAAGACUCUGAAAUGGAUUGACAGUGAGAAACAGAAACAGAUGCAGGCCGAGCAGAGAUGGGUGGAUAGCUGGAACACUUCAGUGGAGAAAGUCAAACAGCUCUACUGAUCCUCUUAUCCACACUGGGACAUAUAAAACUAAGUUUAUGUGAAUAGUGAAAUAACUACAUGUUAAAAAUAUGUAAAAGAAAAAAUAUUGUGAAUAAGGUCGCCCAUUCCAGGAAACAUUAAAUUAAAAAACAGAUGUUAGAGUUUUCUCCCUUUAAAUUUGGAUUGUGAUAUGUUUUAAAUAUUGUUUAUUUAUUUGCACUCUGUAUGGUUUGUAUGUGUAAAUACAUAAAUGUGCAUUUACUAGGAGAGUCUAUUUACAUGUUUUAUUUAUAUGCCAACAUUCCCCUACUGGCUGUAACCGUCCAUGCAGUUGAUAUUUUUGUCUGUCAACUCUGUGAUAUUUGUAAUAUCUUUUUAUUGAUGAAAUAAAUGCAGUUUACUGAU